AUGAGUGAUGCCUUGAGUGCAGACUUAGUGUCAGGCUCUAUUGAUGCCUCUUUGGCAGAGAUCGAAAACAGAUUCCGGGAUGCCGAGAGACCAUCACAGGGUGAUAUUGUAGUCGGGCCAUUCUCUGUACUGGACUUUAGUCUUACCGACCCCAAACCUGCAAGUAGGGCUCAGCCUGCUGACGAGACUACGGUCGCAAAUGACGUGGUUCUGUCGUCCGCGAAUACCUUGCCUGAAGGGGCUUCCGGGGUCAGCCCAGCUCUGUCGCAAGACUCAAUCGCCUACAUGAAUGAUCUGCUGCAGUGGUCAGACAUUCUUAGCUUGGAUCCUCAGUUGCAUAGUGCUACACUAUCUGGCACACUUGACCUGGGUGACUGGUUGCCCCUCGAUUUAGGGACACAGGCCCCUAUACUAGAACAUAAUCUCCUUGGCGAAGCGCCUAGUCUGGUGGAUGAUACAGCUGCUGUCUACAAUUCUGGCCCAGAAGAUUACAGUACUUCUAAGGUGAUACCAGCGGUUGAUUGCAAUCCACCUGAUGUACUAGCAGAUGCUCAUUUCCUAUUACGGCACUUUCAGGAUCAUGUCAUUUCGCGUAUGAUGGCCGUUCCUAUAGACCAGAAGUCACCUUGGAAGAUACUAAAUGUGCCGUCUGCUGUUGUAACAUACAGCGAUAUCACUUUCCUUGGGUCUCAAAAUAUCACUCACGCUCGUUUGGCUAAUCUUUACCGCCUCUUGGCCUGUUCAGCCCUUCAUCUAACAAUAAAUCCUUCCAUGAGGACCUCGGACUCGACGGAGCGCUGGAAGCCGGUAGCAGAAUACGCUUACCAUCUAGCCAAAGACCAUAUGCAGAUGUCAUUGAAGCAUGAAACGCAAGAGCCAAAGAAGGCCAAAUACAAGGAUCAGUUAAUGGCAAUUUGCGCCUUGACUGAGUUUGCUAUUCUAAGUAGCCAGCAGCAGGACGCAAGGUGCUACAUGAUUGAUGCCGAGCGGCUGCUACGCCUCCGAGGUUUGCCAAAGCAACGCAUCUCUCAAAAAGCACGCCUGCUACACCACACAUAUACUUGGCUACGGAUAGUAGGCGAGAGUACCUACGCUUUGCAUAACUACAUGCCGUCGGAUACCUUUAUGGAGGCGCUCAAAUACCGGUUUCGUAACCAAAUAGUUGAGAACACCCAGGCAGCUGGUUACCGAACUUCACGCUUGGACGACUUUUUGCGCCUCGAUCGGCGGCCGUCCGAUAGCGACCUGGAUAUUGACGAGCCAAAGGAAGCUGAUGUUGGCUUAUAUGAUAUCCACCUCCAAGAUUCGCGGAAAUAUCCAGCCACGCUGUACAGCCAGAUCUACGGAGUAUCCGAGACGUGGCUUAGCUUGGUAUCUCAGACGACACGCCUGGCCAAUGUAAUGGAGACUUUUCGAGUUGCGCGCGAGAUGCGUCAAGGAAUAAAUGCAAGUCUCGAAGCAUGGGAAGCUUUACAUCGGCGCAGUGCUCGCCUCGAGAGCAUGAUUUGUACAUUCGCCUCUAGAAGGACAGAGGACAACAUAUGCGGUUCGGCAAAUAUACUGGCCAGGUCACAUGGAUGCCUUCUGCAGGCUUUGAACUCUGCGCUAGUUAUCUUCUUUUACAGACGAAUCCGUCAGGUCCACCCGGCUAUUUUGGAGAGCCAAGUGGACAAAGUGAUCUCAGCAUUAAACGAGUUUGAUGUAGUGUUAGUGGAAGCCGACCAGACCGGCCCAGGCACUGUAUGGCCUCUGUUUAUUGCUGGGUGCGAGGCUACAACGCCUGAUAGGCGGCAAUCGAUCAUGGCGCUUCUGGACAAAGGAGAGGCACGAUGUGGAUUUUCAGCUUACGAGACUGUUCGGGAGGUCAUGAAACAAGUCUGGGACAGACAAGAUGAACAUUUCACACGAAGCAGAGGAGAGACUUUCCCGACUUGGCUUGAUGUCGUCAAAAGCAAACAAAUAUGGCCCAUUUUAGCAUGA